CCGCCGCCGCUGCUUGACAUCCACCCGGGCUCUGACCACUUUCGGCCUCCUCUGGGCAUACAGCAUGGCUGUGGCUCCUCAGUUUGCACUCCAUAGACUGCCGGGCGGCCCUGCCAGUCGGCACUCGAUCGAGCUCUACAUCGACUUUGUAUGUCCCUUCAGCAAGAAGCAAUUGCUCGGCGUUCGGGACAACCUCCUACCGAUACUGCCCAAAGAUGUUGCCGUCAUCAUAAGACAAGUUCCCCAGCCCUGGCACGCCGCGUCGACGCUCGUUCACGAGGCAGCAAUAGCAGUCAGCAAGCUCGUCGAUGACGCUCAAACUUUCUGGCAAUUCGCCUAUGCGCUCAUGGAGCACCAAGAAGAAUACUUUGACGAGGCGGUCGAGAACGAGACGCUUGCUCAGAUAAGACGCAGACUCGCCAAGCUCGCUCAUGACUCUGUUGGCGUCGAAGAAAGUGCUUUCCUGGAUCUCGUCAAGACCGGUCAGGGCAACAGUGGCAACAAGGUCGGCGCAGAUCUCAAACUACAGGUCAAGCUCGGUCGACAGAAUGGCAUUCAUGUGACGCCUACCGUGUUGCUUGACGGGCUCGUCGAUCCGUCCGUCUCGAGCAGCUUUGGCAAGGACGAGUGGGCCAAGUAUGUCAAGGAGAAGCUCUCAUGACUAUCUGUUCACCUGUAGCCACGCCAUCAUGACAUAGAGGAUCGCAUCACAUUCUGCACCGUUGUAGAACACGCUUGCAUGUACCUGACAUGCUCGUGUGAGAGAAAGAGUUGUCCAGACUGAGUAUGC